UGUCAAGGCAACCAAUGAAUAGUUGCUUAGCAUCUUCCUCUCAUAUUGCUGCUGUUUUCCUCUUUCAUUGUCUUGUUAUUUUUUUUCUGACUAUCUCCAACAUCUCUUCUUCGUAUGGCGGAAACAAUGAAACAGAUUAUCAGGCUUUGUUGAAGUUCAAGUCGAUGAUCACCAACGAUCCAUAUAGAGUUCUAACCUCAUGGAAUGAUUCCUUUCAUUUUUGUGACUGGGGUGGUGUUUCAUGUGGGAAGCAUCACAAACGAGUGACUCGUGUAGAACUCAUUUCCAAAGGCCUAGAAGGCUCUCUUUCUCCCCAUGUUGGGAACCUCACCUUCCUUCGUGAGUUUUUGCUCCUUAACAACAGCUUCGAAGGAGUCAUCCCUCACAAGCUUGGUCAUCUAUCUAGGCUACGCAUCCUCAAUCUUAGCUACAACAAAUUUAGUGGAGAGAUUCCUACUAAUUUGUCUCGUUGUUCUAACCUUCGCAGUAAUAAGCUAGUUGGAAGCAUACCCAAGGAGAUAAGUUUCCUCUCAAAACUUAACACUCUUAGACUUGAUGCCAACUGCUUAACAGGCGGAAUCCCACCUUUCUUGGGGAAUAUUACAUCAAUGGAAGUGUUCUCAGCUAAUACGAAUCCGUUGGGUGGGAACAUUCCACACACCAUAGGUCAGUUGAAGCUCUUAAGAAAAAUACAAUGUAGCGAAUGUAACUUAUAUGGAACCAUCCCUCACUCCAUUUAUAACCUCUCACUCCUAACUCAUUUUGCCUUGCCUGUGAAUCGCCUUACUGGUAGUCUUCCUCUAGCCUUUGGUGCGAUGCUCCCUCGUCUUGUCUUCCUUCAGUUAAGGAUUAAUCAACUAACUGGAGUUCUUCCACCCUCCAUAUCUAACUGUUCGGAAUUGGUAAUUUUUGAAAUGGCUUUUAAUAGUUUCAGUGGGAAGGUGUCAAUCGACUUUGCAAAUCUAAGAGAUAUCUAUGAAAUAGGCUCUCACUAUCUGCACACCAUGGCAAGCUAUCUGCACACUUAGGGUUUGCAUACGCUGCGUAUUGACCACUACGCAGCGUAUAGGGUUACCUCAAUACGCUGCGUAGAGGCCUAUACGCAGCGUAUGUAAGGGGUAGGUACACGACCAGGCAGUCAAACCUUAUACCAUGUCAAAUCAGUCUGACAUAGGGUGCGUAUUGAUCAAUACGCAGCGUAUAGAGGUAACCCUAUACGCUGCGUAGUGGUCAAUACACAGCGUAUGUCAGACUGAUUUGACACUGAUACGAUGUUGUCCUGGCACGUGAAUAAAGUAAUACGGGGAGUAGAGAGCAAUAUGCUGCCUAUUGAAGUGUCACAUGAAAGUCUAUUUAUCCAUCCAUUCAUAUCUGUUCACAAUUCGAAUUCAAUCUCCUCUGCUUUCUUUUUCAUCUUCUUCUUCAGUAAACAAUUUACACACUAAACCAAAAUUAUUUGUUCUGUUUUUUGUUCAAUCUUGUUAAAAUGUCAUCAUUUUGGAACGAUAAUUAUUUCGGUAAUCGCUAUUCUAACGACACAUGGGGAGCAAAUGCUGCCAAUGAGGAGGAGGAGGUUGUGUCUGGAGUCCCUGUUGAUCAAAAAACACAGUUGCCAGACUUGAACAAGACUCCCACUCCACCUGUUGAUGAACCAAAUUAUCCGGUGCAUCAAGUGUAUCCAGAUUACGGAUACGGGUAUGAAUCUCCGUACGUGCAACAAAGUGGAUACGGUGCUGAGAAUGCACCUGUUGAUGAACCAUAUUACCCAACGCAGCAAUCGUAUCCGGGUUACGGGGUAUACGGGGAUGAAGGUGGAUACGGAAGUUACAGUGGAUACGGUGGUGAAGGUGGAUGCGGGGGUGAAGGUGGUUACAGUGGAUACGAGGGUGAAGGUGGAUACAGUGGAUACGAUAGAUAUGGGGGUGAAGGUGGUUACAGUGGAUACGGAGGUGAAGGUGGAUACAGUGGAUACGAUAGAUCUGGGGUGAAGGUGGAUACGGUGGAUACGGAGGCUACGGUGGAUACGGAGGCUACAGUGGAUACGAAGAACAUGUUGGAUAUGGUUAUGAGCCCCGUAACACAUCACUUUAUGAACCAUCUACACCGGGCAAUCCGUUUCAAAUAAAUGAGAAUUAGGUACAAGAAACGGGAAAGGAGUAUGGUUACAUAAUUGUUACCCGCCGAUCAAAAAAUAUUGGCGGUACUACUGGGAUGGUAUGGCUUGUGUGCGACCGUAGUGGUGAGCACCGUAGUAAAGCAACAGUUAGGAAAGCUGGUAGCAAAAAAAUUGGUUGCCCAUUUUCAUUACUCGCCAUCCGGGACGUGACGAAUGACACGUGGGAGUUAAAAGUGGACAACGCGAACCAUAACCACGAACCUACGACGAGUCUGUUGGGCCACGCUUUUGUGCGAAGAUUUACUGAAGCCGAAUACAAGCUAGUGGAGCAGCUAACUGCUCAAAACAUGGAGCCACGUAUCAUAUUUCAAACCCUAAGAAAGCAGUUCCCUGACAGCCUGCAUGUUCAGAAAGACGUGCAAAAUGCGGUACAAAAAAUUAGAGCGACACUAAUGGACGGAAAGACUCCUAUACAGGCACUGGAAAGCCUGCCGCAUGACCACCGAUUCAUUUAUGACACCCGACAGGAACCCAAAACAGAUGUCGUAACAGAGAUUUUCUUUGUUCAUCCUUAUUCAAUCACUAUGUGGCGUGCAUUCCCGCACGUGAUGUUGAUCGACGCGACCUACAAAACAAACCUCUACAACAUGCCAUUUGUCCAGGUUGUGGGUGUGACGUCGACUGGGAAGUCUUUUUGUAUCGCACAUGCCGUUAUUUGUAAAGAACGAAGGGGUAACUACGUGUGGGUGCUUGAGCGGAUAAAGUCAAUCUUGCAUGAAUGUAUGAUGUCGCGUGUGAUAGUCACGGAUAGGGAGCUUGCCCUAAUAAACGUGUGUUCUAAAGUAUUCCCAAACGCAACCAGGCUUCUAUGCCAGUUUCACAUCGAACAAAAUAUAGUUAGACAAUGCAAGAAAGGGUUCGAUAAAGAAGAUUGGGGGAAAUUUAUGACGUACUGGCGGAGAGUGUGUGAAUCUACUUCAGAGCCCAUGUACAAGUACAACUUGGAGAAAAUGUGUAACCGACUCGUGGUUGCCAACCGAGAAAGUGUCUAUGAUUACGUCUACGAAAACUGGCUCAAAGACUAUAAAGAAAUGUUCGUUUAUGCAUGGACUGAUAAGUGUCGCAACUUUGGUCAGCGCACCACCAACAGAGUUGAGAGCCAGCACGCAAAUUUAAAAAGAUACAUUACGCGCGGGAGUUCAUUGGUGCGAAUAGCAAGAUGCGUCAUUGAUAUAGUUGAAACUCAGUACGAUGAAAUACAAAAAAGUUUCACCGAGAGCAUCGAAAAAACGAUAAACCACCACAGACACCCGUUGUUGGACAACCUACGUGGAAAGGUUUCCCAUGAAGCACUUGAUUUGCUGGCAAAAGAGCUAAUGAGGAAGCUGGAGGUGUUGCGGAAACUUAACGCAUCAUGUGGUUGCCAUAUGUGGCUUAGCUGUGGAUUGCCGUGUGCUUGUAGGCUGGAAAACUACAAACGUACAGGGCGUAUGUUACAACUCGACGACAUAGAUGUAUUCUGGCGUAAGCUUGACUUGCUGUUUAUUAGAGGUGUUGGAACUUAGUACUUGCAACUUUCAUAGAGCUAAACCCACCUCCAUAGGUAACAACCCCUAUAGAGGCAGAGAAGCUGAUGAAAUGAAGUUUAUGGAUUCUUUGAAAAACCGUAGCAGAUUGGAGGUGUUGGAACUUAGUACUUGCAACUUUCAAGGAGUGCUACCUAGAUCAAUUGGUAAUCUUUCAAGGAGUGCUACCUAGAUCAAUUGGUAAUCUUUCUUCUCAGUUACGUAGUCUCCAUUUAGGAUUUAACUGGUUACAUGGAUAUGUUCCCUCAAGUAUAGGUAAUCUAGUUGGCUUGACAACAUUACAUUUAUCAUUCAAUCGAUUCAUAGGAAAAAUACCCUCUACCAUUGGUAGGCUUAAGAACCUACAGCUUGCAACUUUUGUUGAAAACCAGUUUUCAGGGCAGAUUCCAGACGAAAUUGGGAACUUAACACUGAUGACUAAACUUGCUUUAUAUUCCAACAAGUUAGAAGGCCACAUUCCAUCAAGCCUUGGGAAUCUGCAUCAAGUAAUUGGGUUGGAUCUUUCUAACAACAAACUCACCGGCGAAAUACCCAAAGAACUUCUUGAACUUUCAUCUCUAUCCUAUCUGUUAAAUCUUUCUCAAAACCACCUUUUUGGUUCACUUCCUUCAGAGGUUGGAAAACUCAAUAUGUUAGGUAUUUUGGAUUUAUCUUAUAAUAACAUAACAGGUAACAUUCCUAGUAGCCUUGGUGGUUGCCAAAGCCUUUCAUCCUUAUCCCUAAAAGGCAACUUAUUUCAAGGCAUAAUACCACCAUCAUUACGUUCUUUGAGAGGUUUGGUUGAUCUAGAUGUUUCUCAUAAUAAUUUAACGGGGCAAAUUCUUGAGUUCUUCCAAGAGUUUUCGUUAAAUUAUAUUAACCUAUCUUUUAAUGAUUUUGAGGGUGAAGUACCGGUGCUAGGAGUGUUCGCCAAUGCAAGUGCAUUCUCGGUUUUGGGGAAUAGUAGGCUUUGUGGUGGCUUGAUUCAACUUGGGUUACCCAAAUGCGAGGCGAAAAAACAUAGAAAGAGGUUUCCUGUGUACGUUAUAGUCAUUUUGAUUGCAUCCACACUUUUCAUCAUAUUAUGCUUAGUGUAUUCUUGGUGCAAGAAGAAAAGCAAAAGCCAAGCGUCGCAAUCAUCGACAAAUGAACGGUUUUUGAAAGUUUCAUACAAUGAACUUCUCAAGGCUACCGAUGGCUUCUCUGAAGCUAAUUUGAUUGGCCAAGGUGGGUUUAGCUCUGUUUAUAAAGGAAUUCUUGGUCAUGUUGAUAGAUCUGUUGCAGUCAAAGUUUUACAUCUUCAAAGUCGAGAAGCACGAAAAAGCUUUGUGAGGGAGUGUGAAGCAUGGCGGAGUAUUCGACACAGGAAUCUGUUGAAGAUAAUAACUUCAUGUUCAAGUGUUGAUUUUCAAGGAAAUGAUUUUAAAGCUAUAGUUUAUGAGUUCAUGCCCAAUGGGAGUUUACAUGAUUGGUUGCAUUCGAGUACAUGCACAUCUCGGCUGAACCUAGUUCAAAGAAUAAAUAUCCUUAUGAAUGUUGCAUGUGCACUUGAUUAUCUUCAUAAUCAUUGCCCAACUGCUAUUGUUCAUGGAGACCUGAAGCCAAGCGACAUUCUACUUGAUGAUGAUAUGGUGGCCCAUGUUGGAGACUUUGGUUUAGCUCGAUUUCUUGGAUCAGGUUCCAACCGAAACAACUCAAGUGGGGUUAAAGGAACAAUUGGUUAUGCACCUCCAGAGUAAGGUCUCGGGAGUGAGAUGACAAGUAGUGGGGAUGUCUACAGUUUUGGAAUAUCAUUGCUAGAGGUAAUGACAAGGAAAAGGCCAACAGGCGAUAUCUUUAUCAACGGCCUCAGUCUUCAUAAAUUCGCGCAUAUGGCCUUGCCAGACCAUGUAAUUGAUGUUAUUGAUAGUGACAUUCUUAAUUUCUUCCAAGAGGAUGCAAGUGGUAUGCAAACCAAGGUACCAAAUGCCGAGAAGAUGGAGGAAUGUCUGGAUUUAAUAGUCAAGAUUGGAGUAUCAUGUUCGGUAGAUUCCCCAACACAACAGAUGCAUAUUGAAAGCGUUGUCCAUGAAGUAAAACAUAUUUUGAAUAUGCUUCAGAAUGUUUGAGGUGUGUUGUUCUCCCGUGAAUAUAUAUUAGUCUUUAUUUCAACUUUUUCCUUCUGAGCUCGGUUACCUGAGUAAAUUAUUAUAUGAGUCCUUGUGUUUUGUUGGUUUUAAAUACUUAAGUCCCAUUUUCAAAUGUUUAACUAUUUGAGUCCCAUUUUCAAAUUGAUAGCAUCCUAAGUAUUAUUUUGUAACGAGUAAAGUGGAAUUUGUGUUCUUGUGGUAUGAGGCAACAAUCAACUUGGGUCCCUAUUUUGCAAAAAUGGAAAGUUGUGUCCCUAUCGUUUGAAAAACGCUACACUCUGAGCCCCUAAGGUAUGUUAUCAUUAGUUUGACCAUUUGAAAAUUUGGGAAAAGUCUAUUUUACCCCUAAUACUUCUUUAUUAUUAUUAUUAUUAUUAUUAUUAUUAUUAUUAUUAUUAUUAUUAUUAUUAUUCAACACCCACCACCCCUCUCCUUCUUCGUCAACGACAAACCGGUGGCCGACCACCCCUCUCCUUCAUCAACGACAAAUCGAUCGCCGACCACCCCUCUCCUUCUUCAUACAAGAAUCAUUCUCAACCAUCGAUGUUCAUUUUUUAAGAUGUUGAAUUUGUUAACUGCAAUGAAAAAUAUGAGGGAAAAUGGUUUCUUUGAAAUAAUUUUCUCAUUCUCAUCAAAAAUUAGUUUCUAUAUAUUAGUAAAUUUAUGUUAUUAGACAUAUAUUUAAUUUCCGAAAACUAAUUUCCUUAUAAUUUAACAUGUCCGAGUACUCUCCGCUUAUGCCGAGUACUCUCAACUCCCCGGUCGACCGACUAGGGAGCGCCUAACGACUUUUGCAACCAUCAGUACUCCGCUACAAACAAAACUAAUUAAGAAAUAAAUAAAAUGAUAGAGUAAACUGCAAUUUUACCCCCUGGGUUAUAUGUGAUUGUCACUCUUACCCCCUCAUAGGAAAAUUUUGCUGUCUUACCCCUCAACUAUUGAAAAACUCUGCAAUAUUACCCCCCAGUGUUAAAAUCUGUUUAAAGUCAAGCUCACUUAUUAAUGGUCAAAGGGUAUUAUUGUCUUUUCCACUUGUUUUUGAUAGCUUCAACACAACACCCUAUAUAAUAACUUUCAUUUCCACCUUACCCCCCAAGUAUUCCCCCAAUCCCAUAUCUUCUCUCCGGCGACAUCUCAGGCGAACACACCACCAGCGAUGACAUCUCAGGCGAUCACACCAUAACUCAUAGAAAUGCCGGUUGGGACGACGAUCAGAGAAAUGUUGAGCCACAUGUCAGGUAUAAUCGAACAAGGGUUUACUGUUCAUUUUGAUUUUGAUAUGAAUGAUUGAAACAGGGAAUCACAGUGUUUGAUAUGAAACAGGGGUUUGAUAUGAAUGAUUGAAAUAGGGGUUUGACAGGUAUAAUCGAACAAGGGUUUAGUUCAUUUUGAUUUUGAUAUGAAUGAUUGAAACAGGGGAAUCACAGUGUUUGAUAUGAAACAGGGGUUUGACAGGUAUAAUCGAACAAGGAUUUAAUGUAUCACAGGGGUUUAAUGUAUCACAGGGUUUAAUGUAUCACAGGGGUUUUAUUACAGUUGUAUUUUUGUCAUCUGUGUUUGCAGUUGACAUGGGGAUGCAGGUAACAGUAACAACGAUUGUGUUCUCCAUGGUGGUCAAAAUGCGUGGCCACCCUUUCCUGUACUUCCAGUUUCACCCUCAGCAUGAAAUGGUUGCCUAUUUAUGUUGUUCCUUGUGUUUUGAUAUCAUGUGUAUGAUAACUUAAUGGACUCUAAUCUAUAAUGUAUUUAUGUAGGCUAACUGUAGGAUGUAAAUUCUAAUCUAUAAUGAUAUUAUGUUAUAUAUAGUUGAUUGUGAUUUCUGAUUAUGUUUGAAAUUGUUAACUAGAGAAUCGGAGGUUCCUGUGAGUUAUUUAGGGCAUGCAACUAUGUACAUUUAGAAUGUGUGUCUACAUUUACUCCAACUAGUUAUGUUGUUCCUGCUAAUCAUGUUGUUUGAUGUGCAUUAUAACUGUAUGGUGUUCCUGCUAAUCAUGUUGUUUG